AUGGCUUAUUCAGAGACGAUAUCCCAGGCAAUCGCCGAGGGUGCUAAACUCUAUGCUAUCAAGCAAUACGAUGAAGCUGCCACCAAGUAUGCUGAUGCUUGUGCCUCGUACAAUGAGGAGCACGGCGAGGAUGACGCUGACUUGCUUCUUUUGUAUGGUAAGGCUCUCUUCCAAAGUGCUGUCACUAGAUCAGGAAUGCUAGGUGGUAUUGGCGACAACGAAGAGGAACAAGAGGAGAAAGAAGAAGAGGAAAAUGACGAUGGCAAUUUCCACUUUGAAGAUGGAAUUGCUCCUGAGGUGGAUGAUGACGAGAAUGCUGAACCAGAGAAGGAGCAGGACAACGAAGAGAAUGAAGAGAACCAAGAAGCACCUCAGGAGCAAGAAGAGGAGGCUGGUCCCGAGCAAUCUGACUUUGAAGUUGCUUGGGAAAUCCUUGAGCUCACCAGAUCUCUUUUGGACAACAAGCUUAAAGAGGAGUCUGCGGAGGGACUUGAAUCACCGUACUUGAAGGACGCCGACGAGACCCCAUCCUCCUCAUACGUUGCCACAAUCAAAAAGCUUUCGGAGGUUUACGAUCUCCUAGGUGAAGUCUCGUUGGAAGCAGAGAACUUCGCCCAGGCUGCAACCGACUUACAGAGUUGUCUUGAAUUGCGUCAGAAGCUCUACUCCGCUGACAACGGAUUGGUGUCUGAAUGUCACUACAAACUCUCUUUGGCUCUUGAAUUUAGCCUUGCGGAUGAUCUGAGAGCAAAAGCCACGGAACAAAUGAAAUAUGCCAUUGAAAGUGUCAAAUUGAGAAACACGAAGGAAACGGACGAGGAGAAGAAGAAAGACAACGACAGCUUGUUGCGUGACAUGGAGGAGAGAUACAAGGAACUUAAGAAGAGCCCCAAAGCGGACCUACAGGCGCAGCAAAUGGACAUUAUCAAGGGAAUAAUGGGAGAGGCCGUUAGUGGAGAGGGCAGUAGUGCCGCCAAGGCAGUGCAAGACCUCUCGAAUAUGGUGAAGAAGAAGCCAGCAGUCAAUGACUUAUCGUCAAUGGUCAAAAAAAGAAAGGCCAAGCCAGAUGAGUCUGAGUCGAAGAAGCCUAAGAAAUAA